CGUUCUUGGCCAUUGUAUGAUCUUCCAUUAUACUUAAGCGUCUCUCAGCUGGAGAGACUCCUCUAAACUUUCCAUUAUGACUACAGCCGCUCGAGAAAUUGGUACGCUCGUCGUCGUUGUACUCAAAGCUAAUCAUCUACCCAAUAAGAGGCACAUAGGCAAGCAAGAUCCCUACUGCGCCGUAACAUUUGACGGUCAAACUCGUCGAACGAAAGCCAUCAAAAAAGGUGGCCAACAUCCAGAAUGGGAUGAGGAAAUCCGAUUUCAGCUGUAUGAAGAUGACGAGGAGCUUUCCCAAGCUGAGCCAACAACCAGCGGAACACCGCCGCCUUUGCCUCCGAAGAGCGACCAGCCUUCGAAAAUUAAGGGAGGAAUGUUCAUGAAAGUUGCGGCUUAUGCGGACGACGCUCGGGAACCAGAUCUUAUUGGCGAAGGGCUUGUAGAUUUGACAGAAGUGAUAACCAAAGGCGAAUCAGAUGAGUGGUAUACCCUCACCUACAAGGACAGAUUUGCGGGUAAAGUCUACCUUGAAAUGACUCUUUACUCAAACGAACCUGAACCUCCGAAGAAAAAGAAGACUGCAAUUCUCACAAAUAACGGUGAGUAUAUCGGUCCGGGCGUUUUCGUCGAGGAAUCUUCGGCAGGAGUAACCAAUCGAAUUGUGUCUUCGAGCAUGAUUCAAGACCAUAAUCGCCGUCAAUCAGACUCGUAUUCAAUACGACCAUCGUCCUCUCUCGCACAGCUCGAUCUGUAUCAAACACCCUAUGAACAAAAUCAGUCUGUCGAUUCCAUAACGCGUAAUUUCGGGGAAUUUGGCGUGUCAAAUAGUAACAGGAGAGAAACACUCCCUUCAUCAGGCAGCAGCUACAGAUCAACUUCCUCAAUGGGAUUGUCCACGGUUUCUUCCCAGUCAUCUCUGUACGAACCUACUGAAUCCGCAUUCAGGCCCGUCACACCCAAUGGGCCGGUACCUUAUCCAGUUGAUUAUGAUUCCGUUCAGCCUCAACCUUCGAGUUAUCGGCCACCCCCGCCGGUCCGCAAAGCGCGAUAUAGUGUUCCGACUUCUUCGUCAGGCUUUGUACCUCUUUCCAAUUCAGGUUCUGUGUUGCAUAAUUCAACUUCGUCCGUCUUCAAUGUGCCACCUCCAAACGGUAAUUACCCCCCGCCGCCAUCGCAAACACCAAUGUCAGCUCCUUACAACCCUUCUUCUGUCAUGUAUGACACUGGCAUUCAUCAUGUACCGUCGCAAACACCUCUUCCUCCGAACGGUACUUCUCUGGGAUCCUACGAUGCAGGAGGCUAUCCUACAGCACUCUCGCAAGCACCUUUUCCGAACUCGUAUACCUCACACCUACCGCAUUUACAUUCCUUCGACAACGGACCUACUAUUCCAUUGACAGAUUCUUACACAUACCCUCAGCAAGGGACCUUCUCAAUCCCCCCGCCUCCUCCUCUUUCUUCUCAGCUGGCUCCUGCGUCUCCAUCGACUCCGGUCGAGGCAUACACGGGGUAUACGGUACCUAGUCCAUCCAGAGAUCAAAUUGGAUCGAGUAAUGGUUCGAGACCUCUUCCCCCCCAGCCACAUGGUGUUCCACCCCCACCCCCACCAUUUCCUUUGGAUCAGCAGCAGUUCGGGACAUAUAAUAACUCGUAUAUAAACCCUCCGGGUCAGGUGGGUGGUAAUGGAUAUGCUUCGGUACCCCCGCCCCCUCCUAUACCCUCCCCACAAUCACAAAGUCCUCUCAACGGUUCUCCGCAAUCUCACUUUUCUUCUGAGGGACGCAUAUCUUCAGUACCAUCCAAAAACUUACCUGUACCGCCUCCGCCGCACAUGCCUAACCGGCGUGUCAGCCUCCCCCAGCCCCCUAUACACGCAAAUUCGUAUCCUCCAUUACCACAACCUCCUUCUGACUUCCGUGGCAUUCCUCCACUCCAGAUUUCCCAUAUUCAAUCUUUCUAUCCUGGACCUCCUCCCAGACCUCCCACACAACCUUCCUAUCAUCAUGAGUCGACAUCGCAGUUUCAGAACGCGUAUCACGUUUACCAGGGUUGAAAAUAACUUGAUAGUCUCGAUCACUUUGCAUUAUUCAUACAACGGACUUAUUCUUUGCAAUCUUUGACAUCAACGAUACAACUGCAAUCUCGAGACAUAAAUUAUCUUGUAUAGAUUGUGAUUUACCACUGCCCAUGAUUAUAACUGAUAUUUGGAUACAUACGUUAGGAUAAUUACUUCUUAAUCCUGACGCUCAUUAACCUCCCUCCAUUUUGCGAUUUCGGUUUCGGUGGGUACAAUGCCUUGUUUCGUAAGUUCAAAGCGAGCAACUCUUCGUAUGUUAUUUUCUUCCAGUCUUCGUUGUGCCUCAUGUGCAAUGAGGGCACGCUCUGCUCCGAAUACUACACCAGCUACACAAACUGGAAUCACACAUUUAACACUGCAAAAUCAAGAUCGCAUUACAGCGUGACCACGCACACAACGAUAAUAGUAAUGCUUUG